CUUGGCUCGGCCACUCACGCACACGCUCUCUCCCUCUCAGUCAGUCACGCACACGAUGCUAGCGCUCUCUCUGGGCUAAGCACACUAGCUCUCUCCGUCGCUCUCUCUCCCUCUCAGCCAGUCUCACGCACCACAUGUAGCGCUCUCUUACAAAGAAAUGGAAUCAAGCAAUGUGAAGAACAAGUCAAGUGGAAAAAGAAAGAUGUCUAGUGAGGACACAAUAAGUUACUUCGCAUGAAACUUGGAAAUGGAGCGUGUGCUAGCUGAUGUGCUUAGAGAUCAAAGAAAUUUGGGCAAUAAAGGUGAUGGAAAUUGGAAAGCAGUAGCAUACAGUACUGCAACUCAAAUUUUGUCCAAGCGUUUUGGAGUUCACCUCAUGGCAGAUAAUGUUAAGAACCGUUUUAAGCUUUGGAGAACAUGGUAUGGAAUUGUGAGUGACAUUCUUAGUCAAAGUAAAUUUGACUGGGAUAGCACAAAGUACAUGAUUACCGUUGAAAAUGAAAUUGCAUGGAAUGAACAUGUAAAGUCACAUGAAGAGGUCAAACGAUUUCGAUUUAAAGUCAUUCCUAAUUGGGAUGAUAUUGUUGACCUAUGUGCAAAGGAUAGAGCUACUGGACUCGGAGCAGAAAAUGCAUUAGAUGCAGAUGAUAUCAUGAGCAAAGAAACAAAUGAAGAGGAAGCAAUUCAUAGUGUGAUUUUUUACUUAGAGGGAUCAAGUUCCAUCACAAGAAAAAACAUUCACCCAAGUAAGAGUGGAGAGAAAGAAGGGAUGAUUUCCUCAAUGAAAGAAGUAGCUGAGUCAUUGAAAGAAUUUGUUGAAGUGACUAAGAAGAAGAUGGAGAACAAAAAAAAGAUGGAGAUAAAAGAAGCUCAAGAAGUGGUACAUGAAGUGGUGAGUGAGCUAGAUAGUAUACCUAAUUCUAAUGGUGCACUUCCACAUAGAACAAUCGAUUGGUUGACAGAAAAUCUCAUUAAGUUUGCGAUUAUAAAAGCUCUUCCAUUGGAUGAGAAGGAGGAUUACAUCUCAUCUUUUAUGCCUUGAUGCUAAAUUAUAGGUACAUUUGAUAUCAUGACAAGUAU